AACUUUGUGACGGACUCCGUUCUAGCGCGCAGAGAUGGCCACCAAGGCGCGUAACGACGUCCGAGGCACCACCAGGACCGAGGGGAAGGGCGACGCCGGCGUCGGCGUAGACGUCCGUGGCGCGACGGCCAGGGCGGAGGGGAACGCCGGCGGCGCCAACAGGACGGAGGGGAUGGGCGACGUCGCCGGCGGCAAGGACUCCCUGAAGAUGGUGGCGCUGCAGGCGCCGGUCACCAGCGAGCGCCCCGUCCGCGGCGACCUCGAGGAGCACGUCCCCAAGCCAUAUUUGGCCAGGGCUCUGGCGGCUCCGGACAUCUACCACCCGGAGGGGACGACGGACGAUCACCACCACCACAACAUGAGCGUGCUGCAGCAGCACGUCGCCUUCUUCGACCGCGACAACGACGGCAUCAUCCAUCCUUGGGAGACUUACAACGGAUGCCGUGCGGUUGGGUUCAACUUCAUCAUGUCUGCCCUCAUCACCGUGCUCGUGCACCUGGUCAUGAGCUAUCCCACCCUGCCAGGUUGGAUGCCUUCCCCGCUGUUUCCAAUUUACGUCCACAACAUCCACAAGUGCAAGCACGGAAGUGACUCUGCGACCUAUGACAAAGAGGGCCGGUUCAUGCCGGUGAAUUUCGAGAACAUCUUCAGCAAGUACGCCCGCACGUAUCCUGACAGGCUGAGCUACAGGGAGAUGUGGCGGAUGACGGAGGGUUCCCGGGAGGUGUUUGAUUUCUUCGGCUGGAUUGCGAUGAAGCUGGAGUGGACGUUCCUGUACGUGCUGGCGAGGGACGAGGAGGGGUACCUGUCGAGGGAGGCCAUCCGGCGCAUGUACGACGGCAGCCUCUUCGAGUACAUGGAGAGGCAGCACCAUGCCCAGCAGGAGCACGUCAAGACGUACUAGAUCACGCAUGCAUCAUAUCUAUGACCUCUGUACGUACAAGUGUAGAACGGACACAGUUCCGUGCGGAACAUAAGCAAAUAAGAUGGGGUUUUGUGUGCUGUACCCGGUCGGGAGGGAAGCUGCGUUUGGCGGUUGUCUGUUAAAGAGAGCUGAUUACACAGUGUGGCUUCUGCCUGGUCGUUGCAGUUGCACCUUUUAUAAAUCGCACAUGUUGGAGUUCACAGAUAAUUAGAGAAUACAGUAAUAUCCAUACAUAA